AUGAAUGAAGCUACAAUGCGUUUCCUGUCUGCCUUCAUGAUGGUCGCAGCGCUGAUCGGUGCCGUCAGCGCGGGAGGUUUGUACGGAGGCUUCGGCCGAGGUUUCGGCGGAGGCUUUGGUCGAAGUUUCGGAGGCUUCGGAGGCUAUGGUGGAGGCUUCGGCCGAGGCUUCGGGCGAGGCUUCGGAGGCUAUGGUGGAGGCUUUGGAUUUGGACGAGGAUUCGGAGGAUUCGGCGGUGGCUUCAGGCGUGGAUAUGGCGGAUAUGGUUAUGGGAGAUGAAAAUACAUAAAAUAAAAAAUAUCAUAG